ACUGGUGGCAAAUCACCCCCUCAGCUCACUUCAUGCGCAAAUCACCCCCUCAACUCACCUGCAGUGGCAAAUCAGCCCCUCUGUUAAGGCUUCCGUUAACAUUUAACAGUAUGCUCACAAGCCCUUCCUCUGUGUCUGACGUGGCCUUUUUUUUGCUGAGGUGGAGGCACACCUGGACAAAUACCUCAAAAUCAGCAUCGGAAUGCAAGCAUCGCUUUCUUCUCUAUUCCCGUUAAAACCUCCAAAGAUCUGCCAAAAUCAGACGAAGAAACUUCAGCAGAUGCUCAGCCCUCGUUGUUUUCUCUGGCUGGAUGUGACCAAUACUAGUUAGACUAUUCAGGACAUUCCCCAUGUUUGAAAGUCCUGGAGCAUCUCAUAGUCCUCAUCUUUGCAAGCUUGAUCACUUUGUCAUUUUAAAUUUGGUAAUUCUUUUUUUGAAUAGAUUGGAUGGGAUUCAGUCAUGAGAAUGAGUGCAGACUUACAGGAUUUGUUCUUAUAUGAGGCCUUCUUGUACUAUAACCCCCGUCUUCUUGUGACAAUGAUGGUUUAGCUCUGGGGAGUGAGCUUAUGCGUUUUUUCACAGGGCAGUGUUAAUUAUGCAAAAAUUUUUGAUCUUGAUCAAAAUCAUCUUACUCACAAAGAUAUAUGGAAGGUACUCAUGCAAAAUGCACCUAUUGUCAAUUGGACUUUUUUUGGAAGCUGCAGCAGCAGCUUGAACUUUGUCAAUAAUUUUAUUUCUAAUUAUUGUGUAGGAAAUUUGACUUUAUUUUUUACCAUCUUCCUCAGCGUAGCAUUUGGAUGACCAUUAUUGUCCCAACUAGCAUGACAGCAUAUCUUUAUCUCUAUUCCCAUGGAGAAGUAUCAUUGGCUGCAUCACAACCAGUGUAGCAUCUGUCCUGCCCAUUAUACAAUUUUGCUGCAUUAUACUGUUAAACUUUAUUGUACUCAUUCCACUUUAUUGUAUCAUUGGCUAAGGUAUGAAGCUGCAUCAUUUUUUGGUCCUUUGUUUUUGGUAUAUUUAAUUGAAAAGCUAUAGCUAGGGACAUAUUUAGGAAUGGUGUUGUGAAUCUGCACGGUCCUGGAGAAGCUCUAUUUUCCUGCAUUUUAGAUUCAGAUAGAUUGUAUGGCAUGGAAAGUACCAGCUUUCCUACUCUUUCAAACUUUUCUAUCCUAGGCUAAAGCUACGAUAUUGGAAUCAUUCAGUUCUGUGAAAGGAGCUUCAUUUUAUAAUGCACUUAUAAUUGUCAAUUGAGUGCAGGUAUUUUCAGAUUUGGAACGUUCAGUUUGCCGUCACCGCUAGAUCUUAAAAGGACGAAGAGGGGAAGAAGACGAAGACGAUGGAAACUGUAAAGUGUGCCUCCACUGCAGCAUCCAUCUCAACAACAAAAGGGCCACGUCAGACACAGAGGAAGGGCUUAUGAACAAACUGUUAAAUGUCAACGGAAGCCUUAACAGAGGGGCUGAUUUGCCACUGCAGGGGAGUUGAGGGGGUGAUUUGCGUGUGAAGUGAGUUGAGGGGGUGAUUUGCCACCAGUUGUUGAGUUGAGGGGGUGAUCUGCACCUUUUGCCUUGAAGUAAUUGCACAAGUAGUUAUCAAAUGUACAAGUGUGCCCUCUACACAUACUGAAGUGUUGCUGUUAUUUUCGUUGUGAUUUGGGUUUAAAAGGCACUUUGAUGAAAGCCGAUAUCCUAGUCAGCACCUCGAUUCAAAAGGAAAUGCUACAGUUCGUAAUUCCGUAACCUGUUCUCUGGUUAUAUCUAUCCACUCCGUUGCCUCCCCUGGUUUCUGCAGCACCCAGAACAAAGCUACGAUCUUUAGCGAUGAAGUUUAAAAAGAGGAGAGGCCCUUUUUUCGUUAUCUUGAACGUUUCUCAUUUCCGCAUUCUGUCUUUCCGUUUCGUUCUUCCCGUGUUGGGAACCAGAAAUGGUGUAUAUCUCUCCGGCACCAUAACAUGUCUGCUUAUCUGAAGGUAUCUUUCGCCAACAAUUUUUUUUGUCGUAUUCUUUUCCUUUGUGUCGUAGAUAUGAUGUCUGUGUGUAAGAGAGGUGAGACUGAGAUAAGGUUGAUCUUGAUCCAGGAGAACUGAGGACGAGGAGUCUGGUAUAAUUCGAUCUAAGAUUUUUUUUUUUUUUGGUUGGAAGCAGGAUAGUAUGAUAUUGUGUUGUAUCUUGAAUUUUCGUUUUUGUUUCCUGGGUUUAUCACUUUUCCGUUGCAAUGUUCAUUUCCGAUCAUGCAGGUGAAAUUCUCAAUUUUUUUUGGAAGAUUGGUGUUUGAUUCUGUUGUCGUAUUCAAUUGUGGAUAUAUGUCCCUCUCUGUAUGUUGUGUUUGUGCAUGUGGGUAUUCUUUUGUGUAAAAUUGGUCAGAUCAAAGGAAGGCCGUCAAUGUGAGGACUAAAGUGAUUUGCUCAAAACCUAUUCAACAAGGUGGGGAGCAAACCCUUUGCCAACCAAGCUGCUACACUAGGGUAAUGUGUUAUGUGUUAGGUGUUACGUAUACGGGGAUUGGAAGGAGGACCUAGUUAAGUUCUUUUUUUAUCGUAGGAAAUGAAGGACUAUGGUAUUAGGAGAAUUGAAUGUUUGAGUGUCUCUUAUUCAAGGUUUUGAACUGGAAGAAGGAGUUGGAAACACAUAAGGUAAGAAUGUAAAUUUGGGGAGAUGGGAGGCGAUCCUAUGGUUUAUGGUAGAUAUAGAUUUGUUAUGUAAGGAUAUAUUAUUGUGUGUACUGUGUAGAUUCUUUAUUACUGAAAUAUCCCUUGCUUUGCAUGAUUCGCAGUUUGAUUAUGUUGCCUUUAUUGAUGUAAGAUAGCCAUUGAAUGCAGAUCAUGCUGGAGGUUAAUUUUCAUUUGAAAUGAAUCUCGAACCUUAAUUGUGAUUCUUGUGAAAUUUAUGAAUGUUGAAGCAACUCAAAUUUGGGAAGCUAAAUGAAAUUCGGCUUGCCAG